CCUGCCCACCAAAGACACCCAGAAGUGAACCCACUUGUCCACCAAAACUACCGCUCAUCUUCUCCGCCGACUCACGACUCAUGAGCUCCCAGAAUUCCCACACCCUGCCUUCUCCUUCCCCCGACCUUCCAAAGCCCUAAUUUCUUCCCCAAAGCUCUCUUAAUUUGUCGAAUUCCGGGAAGAAAUCGGCAAAAUCCUAGCUCCCAAUCAUGGCUUUCCCCUCCAAAGGCGACGCCUUUCUCCUUCUCCUCCUUGCUUUCACCCUCGUCUCCGCCCUUGGCGGCGAAGAAUCUCUCCUCGAUCGCCACGAGUCCCAGCUCCGCCGCCUCGAAACACUUGUCCAAUCCCUCUCCGCCACCGUCUCCCGCCUCGAAUCCUCCCUUUCCCACUGCACCCCACCGCGACUCGACGCCGCGGCGGCGGCGGCGGCGGAGGGCGGCGGCCGGCCGCCCGGGGUGUCGGUGACCAAGCACAAGCCGUCGUGGUCGGAGAGGUUCCAUUUCGCUGCCGCCGCCCGGCUGGAGUCCGACCCCACCGCCGUUGCCGCUCUCCCCUACCUGGACCUGGAGGGCGUCAGCAAGUACUUCGCCGUGGGGGACGCCCGGGGGCGGACCUACGUCUUCUCCUCCGCUGGCGAUGUCGUCAUGGAGCUCCCUCCGCCGCCAUCUGGCGACGCCGUCACCGCCAUGCUCUGCUACCUCUCCUCCCGGCGGAACGAGAGCUUCCUGUUCACCGGCCACGGUGACGGAUCCAUCGUCGCCCACCGGCUCUGGAAAUCGGCUGCCGAUGGGGACGGGUGGCUGACCCUCAACCUCGGCAGCUCCCGGCCGUUCGUCCGUGGAGGUCGGGAGAUGGACUCGCCGCCGAUGACAGGCCUCGAGGUCCACCAAAUUGGGCGAACAAGGUACAUACUUGCAUCAGAUACCGGCGGGAGGAUCAGGGUCUUCACUGAGACUGGUUCUCUCUACGGCACUGCCAUUGCCUCGAGCCGGCCACUUGCAUUUGUGAAGCAGAGGCUCCUCUUUCUCACUGAAACGGGUGCCGGAUCAUUGGAUUUGAGGUCGAUGACAGUGAGGGAGACUGAAUGCGAGGGAAUGAAUGGUUCCAUUGCCAAAAGUUACUCCUUUGACGUGUCCGAGAGGUCGAAAGCUUACGGCAUUACCGCCGGAGGUGACCUCGUUUAUGUCCUGCUAUUGGGGGACUCCUCCAAUCUCAAAUGCCGGGUCCGGGCUAUAAGGAAGUCAGAGAUCGAUCGGCCGGUCUCGAUACAAACCAUCAAAAGGUAUCUUCUUGUUGCAAGUGAGGAGAAGGUCUUUGUGUACAACACAUCUUCUCAGUAUCAUGGCAGGGUUGGAGCUCCUCGGCCUCUAUUCUUCACGGCGCUUCAAGAGAUCAAGUCUCUUUUCUUGAAUUCUCCUGCUGCUGCUGCUGCGAAUGGGUUGUCAUCCGGGAAGCCUUUGAUUGCUGCCGACCGCGAAAAGCUCGUGGUUUUGGGGCUCGGAGAUGGGUACAUCGGGAUAUACCGGUCUAAUUUCCCGGUGUUUAAGGUGGAGAGCAAUGCUGUUGUCUGGAGUGGUCCUGCUCUGGUGUUCCUCCUGUUUCUGAUAUUGAUAUGGCAGUUUUAUGUGAAGAAGAAGGACUCUUUGGUGUGGAUACCAGAGGAGUCAUUCGGCACGUCCUCGGCCUCAGCUUCAGGCAGUCUUCUGAUUCCUGGGACUGGUGACAGAGGGUAUGCGGAUCCUUCGAGGGAUGCUGGUCUUAGGGAGCUGAGAGGAGGCAUGCUUCGAGCUCCGGUGAGAAGGUAUGCGUCUCCUCCUCCUCGUUACACCGGAAGACCAGGGAUUUCUUUUAGGACAAGCUCAGGGGAUCCCAGUUACUGGGGUCAUGCAGACUUGAAAUAUAGAGGACAGAAUUUAGAGACUGCUGGGUUUCCCAAAAGAAGAGAACCCUUGUUUUCUAACAGUCAAAUUUCAGGUGAUCACAUUGAUUGAUAUUUACUUAAUAAACUAGAGUGCUUCCCUAAUUUUUGAACUCAGCAAAUUGAGCUUUCACCUGCUAAGGGUUGUAAAACCCUCAAGCAUUUUGUUGUAACACACGAGAGUUUUACAUGAAGAAAUUACACUGGCACAAAUAAGGAAUAAAUCAGAUACAGAUGAGUAGUUUAUUUUCCUCACUCACAUAAAGUGAUGGGUAACUUGUGUUUCCCCAGAUUGUGUAUUGCGUAACAUUUAUGAAUGGAAUACUUGAACAUUUGCAAGGCUACAAUUUCUGUUUUUGAUGUCC